AUGGCGGCGCUCCGGGGCGGGGUCGCGACCCGGGCUGGGAAGGCGGGGCAGCCGGUUCCGGGGAGGGUUCGAGUCCCCCGGGUCGGGGUUCGGCUGGGAUGCGACCGCGCAGCCGCCCGGAUGGCGGGGUGGAGCCGGGGGAGGAGGAGGAGGAGGGCCAGCUUCGGGCCCCGAUCCGGAGCCAACGCGGAAGCGGCCGAAGCCGAGAAACUGGGAUUCGAUCCGCGAUAUAGCGCCAUCUGGCGGAGUAACGGAGAUCUCCGAGCGGAGACGGAGAUGUUCGAGCGCUUCCUCGGCAGGCUGGACUCGAAGGACGCCGCGUCGCUGCUGUCCGACGCGCCGUGUCCCGGGGAGAGCGGCGCGUCCCGCGGGCGUAAGGCCAAAGCGCGCGCCCUGGCCCCGGAGAAGAUGCCGCGCCUCACGGCGGGGCAGAAGUGCGAGGUGGCGCAGCGGGAGCAGGAGGAGCUGCGCCUCCACCUCCGCCGGCGGCAGGAGGGCGCCGAGAGGGUGCUGCACGACUGCCAGGCGACCCUGGAGGAGGCGGAGACCCGGAUGGCGGAGGUGAAGAAGGCCGCGUACGAGUUCGAGCGCGACAUCGCCAGGCCCGUGCGGGAGCGGCGGGGCAUCGCCAUGGAGACGCACAAGAUCGUCCGCUACAUGGAGGACCGGAUGAAGACGAAGGACACGCUGGCGGAGAAGCUGCGUCUGAAGACGGCGGCGCUGCGGGCGCAGGAGCGGGCGCUGCGCCUGCGGCUGCGGCAGAAGGAGGAGGCGGGCGACGCGCUGCACGACGUCGACUUCCAGCAGCUGCGCAUCCGCAACGCGCAGCACCUGCGCGCCGUCGAGCGCCGCAACCAGGAGCUGCUGGCGCUCAAGCUGCUGGCGGGGAGCGCGCAGCAGACGCUCAACGCGCACAAGGGGAAGCUGCAGGAGGCGCUAGCGGCGUCGGCGGCGCUGGGGAGGGACACCGCGGCGCGGGGGGAGGCGCUAACGAAGAUCGCGGCCGAGGCAACGGUCGCCGAGAAGGAGCGCGCCGAAGCCGAGGCGCUAAACUCCCGCCUCCGGCGCCAGCUGGCGGACUACAGCGUCCCCGAGGUGGCGGAGUACAUCGCCGCUAAGCGCGUUAGCGGCGCGCUGGAGAGCGCCGUGCGCGUCUGGGAGAGGAAGGUGGAGAUCUGCGAGAUGACCCUGAGGAACCACGCCAGGGCGCUGAAGAAGCUCCAGUCCUCCUCCGGACCCGGCGACCCCUGACCCCUGAC